AUGGAGGAGGUGGUUUCCCUGAUGCAGAGCCCGGACGACUCCGCCGGCGCGGCUGCCCGGCCUCAACGCUACAUUCUCGCGCUUGCGCGGCCUUCGGGUCUCGCGUACGACGGGGAAGAAGGUGAUCAGGCCGUUCUAGAGAAUGGGAGUCAGACGCCGGAUUCCGAUGACGACGAUGUGGUGUCGUGCGAUUGCGCGCAGUGCCGGCGCGAGCAGGAACCAGAAGAGGAGAGCGGGGACGACGGCGACGGCGAGGAGUUCUACGACAGCGACGACGGCAGCUACUACUCGUACUACGAGGAGAGGGACGCCGAGGUGGACGUGCCGCUGAAGAUCGAAGACGGAGGCGAAUCGGCCGAGGCGAGCGGCGCCGGCGGAUCGCAGUCGCCGCUAGUCCGGUCGCGCGUCGUGGUCCCCGAAGGGCGGUUUCUUGGGCCGCGGUGUUUCGCCUCAGCCGGGAGCACGGCAGGGUUCAUGCGCGUCGCGUUCGUAGAACCGGCCGCCGGGAGCCAAGAAGAAGAAGGAGGAGGAGGAGGCAAGCAGAUCACGGUGCUCUACCGCUACACCCACUUCUGGGCGGCGUCCGACGGCGGCGAUGGCUUGGAGGUGUGCGGGAGCACGAAGCUGCACCAGCUGCGGUUCGUCGUCCCGCCCGCCGGCGACGCGGCGAGCUCGCUCCCGUGGGCCGGGUCGUCGCUGGCACCGCUGAUAUACCCCGCCCACCAGAGGAAAGAGCUCCAGGCGCUUUGGUCGAGACUGGUCUCGGAGGUGGCCGUCCCGCCGCGGGCCACGCGCGUACAGGUGAUCGCCGACGUCGGCAUCCUCCGGCGCGAGGACCGCACGGGGAGGCGCAUGGAGAACGUGCGCGCCGCGUUGGAGGACAUGAUGGAUGAGGAUGAAGCGUGGCCUGGGUACCACGUCGCCAUGGAGCUGCAGCUACCAGAGCCGGUCGAUCUGUGUGUGGAUGAAGAUGAUGAAGCCGCCGCCGGCGAGGAGGACACGUGCUGCGAGCGUCCGGCGAAGCGAAGGAAGAUCGUCGCGGAGGCCGCCGGAGAGGAGUGCUCCGUCUGCUUCGAGCUGCUGGAGAGCGACCUCGCCGUGUGGCCAGGGUGCUCCCUGCCCCAUGUCUUCCAUGGUACGUGCCUGGAGCACACACUCAAGGGGAGCGAGAUGUGCCCUCUCUGCAGGCGCAAGCUGUCGGCCGUGGAUGAAGAUCGCGGAGCACCUGAUGAUAGAUGACGUAGCAUGAUCUGUACUACAAGUUCAGAAAAUGAGCCUUCCUCUUGUAUGCAACCUGAAGCCUGGAAUAUUCUUUAGAUUUGUUUCUGUUUGAAAGGAUAGCAUUCUUUCGGAUUAAUGUAUUCCAGUUCUUCAGAGUACUACUUGUUUUGGAGGCACCACCUGUACAACAUUAUUGAGUUUAAU